AGGACAGAGGACUGGCUCAGUGACGCAGUGACGUGUGAGGAAGAAGACGGAGCACUGUCAUGGCGGCCAAGGUGGUGCUGGUGGCCGUCCCGGCAGUGCUUGGGGCUGCCUCCAUCAGAAUAUACAGGGAAACACCUGAGGAGGGGCUCGUCACUAGAGAAAGAUUGAAUAUCUACAAACCUCUACAGCCUUCGCCUCAGACAGUGGAGGUUUCAGAGGAGCCGGGGGUCAUUGAAAGUGGGAUAGCAGCAGCUAGACACACCAUAGUGCCUGUGGUCCAGUCUAUAAAGGGGGCUUACCUUUCUGUAAAAAGGGGAACUAUAAAUUGUUACCAUGCUGGACAAGAUGUGUAUUAUUACCUAAAAGAUCCUCCUCCAGAGUUUGUGCCCAGAUUUGGCACCAUCACCAUGGCUGGUCUGCUGGGCAUGUUUCUGGCCCGUAAAGGGUCACGCCUCCAAAGGGUUGCUGUUCCCAUGAGUUUGAUGACUGCUGGAGCUUCAGUGUGUUAUCCUGCCCAAGCCGUAACUGUUGUAAAGAUCACAGGGAAAAAGAUUUACGCAGCAGGGCAGUGGAGCGGUGCUACUGUGUCCUCACUGCUUUCAUCUCCACCUAAACCUCCACCAGCUCCUGAGGCUCCUUCGUCACCGGAAGAGAAAGUGCCGACCCCAGAGCCUGCUGCUGUAGUUGAAGAGUCCGUCCCAUCCACAGAAGCGCCAAUCCAGAGUUCUCCAGUCCCAGAGACAGAACAAACAUCUGAAUCUGCUCCAGAAGAACCAGCUCCUACUGUGGAGUCUACAACAGCAGACCAUUCAUCUACAGAACCAACCACAGACCCUGCCCCCUCUGACCCUGCCCCCUCUGACCCCGCCCCGUCUGAACCCACAGUGAGUGUAGAACCAGAGGUGGUCAAGUCCACUCCAGCUGAGGACACUGCCACCAUCUUGGAAUCACCGGCUCCAUCAACAGAGCAGCCCAAAGAGACAGUAUCAGAACCAGAGCCAGUAGUGGUGGUUGAACCUGUAAUCUCCUCAGAGCCUCUUCCAGAAGAGCCCCAGACAGUUUCAGCAGAGGAGACCACACCCCCCACCCCUCCACCUGCAGAGGAGCCAAAAGUUGUUGAAUCUCCUGAACCAGAGGCAACAGUGGAGCCAGUUUUAACUAUUACAGAAGAAGCUCCAGUCCCUGCCCCUUUGACUGAUACACCCCAGGAAACAGUAGCAUCAGCUGAACCAGAGCCAGAGAUAGUAGUUGUUGUUGUAGAGACCCCAGUCACAUCACCACCUCCUGAAGACCUUCCUGCAGAAACCCCCAAAGAAUCAUCUGAGCCAGUAGAGGAAUUGGCUCCUGAGCCUCCAGCUGCAGAAGCCCCUCCCCCCUCUGAAGCCCCUCCUGCUGAAAGUGCCAAAGAGACAGUAGUUGAACCACAGUUAGUUGAAAAAGAGUUGGUUGAACCUACAGCCUCCUCAGAACCUGCUCCAUCUGAAGAAACACCAACAGACGAAACCACAGCCCCAACGCCUACAGCUACUGAGGAACCGGCACCUGAGAUUAGCAAAGGGGGCGAUGCCUUCAAAGCAGAUCCUGCUCUUAUGGACUUUGGACAGUCAAACCCAGAGGACGCAGACCUGUACAGCACCAGGAGCUGAACCAGGACUACAUUACAACAAACAGCACUGCCACAUUUCCCAUUCAAACUCUGACGCUGUUUUACAUCAACAGUUUGGAUACUAUAAGGACUUCUGUUUCUGUAGUUCAAUUCAAAGUAAAUAUUUAUGUAGAGUUUAUACAGAUUUAAUACAAAACGAUUUCAAUCAUAUUUAUGUUGUGGUUUGCAAUCAAAAUGUAACUGUACGUGAUUUUCUCAGGUUUCUUUACAAUCAUCAGUUGAAAUAUUUUGUACUUCAUUUUCAAAUUUCUUGCUUUAAAUUUUCAAGUGUCUUCUGAAUAAAUUUGGCAAAAUGAACAAAAACCUUUAUGUCAGUUAAAUCUAAAACUGGUCUAAAAAAAUAACAUCCCAAAAACCGUAACCCGGAUUAAACCAGAUCUCGUUCUAGAUUAUAAUACAAAAACUCGUGAGCAUUGUCGUGGAACUACCAUUUUUAGUUAUUUAAAUCUGAACUUAAAAUUGUUUCAGGAUUCAGUUCAACUAAAGUGGCUAAAGGUGCACUUUUUCUGGAGAGGAUCAGCAACCUGUUUGUCCCCAUGGAAAUUCUUAAGUUUAUGUCCAGACAGUGGAACAUUCUCGGCACAAGUUACACAGUACAACUUAAAAUUUUAUGGCAAAAACCACAAUAAUAUUUGAUACUCAGUGUUUUGAUUGAAAAAGUGAACAUAUUCUGUAUUUGCAAUUGCAUCUGCUUAAAUGAUCAUGAUUCUCAGUUUUGGGAGUAAAUUAUCAUCGUUGUCAUUUCCAAAUCAUUUCUCACUUUUUAUAUUUGUACAGUACAGGGCCAUGGACAUAUGUUUGUAGCAGACGCGCAUUAAAAUGAAGUUUGCUAAUCUGCAUAAUUUACUGGAAACAUGGAAAGUUGGUCCUCCCACCAGUGUUUUUCAUUUACAGAUGGGAGAUGGAAAGUCUGCGUCAGUUUAACAGAGAAUCCCUCAGUGACAGCAUUUAUAUUUAUUGUAAUUUAGCCCAUUGUUUCUGUGAAAAUGGAAUUGCUGCACAUAUGCUUGUAAUUACGGCAAGACUGGUUUCAGUUUGGUGAUCAGAAAAAAAGGAAAUUGUGGAUUUAUCGACGCAGAAAUAAAUCUAUAUUUUCACAAGUUUA